AUGGCCGACACAGAGGAGCCCCAGUUCAACACUCUAGCUGAGCGCAUUGCUGCUCUCAACAAACAAAAGAGUUUCACAGGUGCCCCAAGCCAAAGUCCCGGACCGGUUCGCAAACGACCGCCGCCUCCUCCCCCUCCUGGCCGCCCAGCGAUUGAGUCCCGAAGUCAGACGGUACCGGUUGUUUCGACCACGUCAACGCUAUCGCAGAGUAAUCCGGCGAUCCCUCCUCGCCCUACGCGAAAAGCGUCGACACCACAAUUAACAGCGCAGAAUGGUCAGCAUGAUGUCCAACAACGAGCCCCGCCUCCGCUCCCAAGUCGGACCCCAACUAUGCAGUCCGCUCCGUCUUUACCACCAAGGCGACCGUCAACGCAGUCCAGCCUAACAGUGCGGCGGAACUCUGGCUCGUCAGAGAGAUCGCAGAACUCGGCGAUAUCCUCGUUAUCUACGGGCAGGCCUCCUUCAUCAGUGACGAGUGUCAACUCUGAUGGAGCUGGUUAUAAGUUGCCACCUGCUUAUGACCCUGCAAGUCUCCCCAAACUCCCCCCAUCAAGAAGAGAAAAGGAAGCAGCCGUCAGGGAGGCAGGGAAACCCAAUCGUGCUCCGCCGUCACCGCAGCCCCCACGGGCUAUUGAGCCUGCACCUGCAGCUCGACCUGGUCUGCCACCAAGGCUGCCUUCACGCCCAGCAAAACCACAAGCGGAUGCUACACCUGAACCGCAAGCGGCGCCGCAACCCAGAAAGUUGCCCCCUAGAACACCGGUGAUACUUGGGUUUUCCAACAAGGACAAACCCAAGGACUCCCAGCCAGCACUGCCCACACGGCCUCCGAUUCCAGACCGGUCGCAAUCGGGAGAUGAGCCGCCGCCAGUGCCGCUCUCUUCUCGACCCUCAGUCGCCCAGAUUGAAGCGUUCGAGACGCGGGCUCUCACUCCAUCUGCCCCAGUAUAUGGAUGCCUAAUAUGCCGGGACUGGAGCGAUCCAGAUGCUGUAGCUGCGCAGUAUCCUCGAGAUUCUGUGCCGAGGGAUGACCCAGUGGGUUAUCUGGCUCAGGUUCUUUGUGGUCCAUUCCCCUCAUACACGGACAAAGCGCGAGCGAUCUUUACUUGGUUCCAUCACAACAUUAGUUAUGAUACCGCUGCAUUCUUUGGCAACAAUGUAAGGCAUAUGACGGCUGAAGAUACAAUUUUUACUGGUAGAGCCGUAUGCGCAGGUUAUGCAGAAACAUACAAAGCGAUCGCCAACAGAGCUGGCCUAGAGUGUGUGGUUGUCACCGGUCACGGGAAGGGCUUUGGAUACACUCCGCUCAAGAAGGGCGAGCGUCCACCCAGAGCAGAUCCAACCGGACAUGCUUGGAACGCAGUGCGAAUCGACGGCGGUGACUGGAAGUUGCUGGACGCAUGCUGGGGUGCUGGACACGUAAGUGGGCAAAAUUACGAGCCCAAAUUCUCUCCUCUGCAAUUCACCAACGCAAAUGAGAACUUUGGCCUCAGACAUUUCCCGUCCGAAUCACGGUAUCAAUUCAGGGCGGACGGCCUACCAGUCACGUGGGAAAACUACUAUACUGGAGGAAUUGAUGGCGAGCCCCAUGGAAUGUGCUCGACUACUGCUGAAGAGGGCAUCGCCGAGUCCAGUGUAGAGCCGAAGCAGCGGCAUAUACCUAUUGACAGUGGUGAGGUUGUGCGAUUCCAAUACUCAAAGGUUUGCGAACACUGGUCAGAGAAGAUGUGUGGUGGCAAAGAGCGGCUGGUGCUCCUCUGCCUUCCCAGAGGCGAUGGCCAGAAGGAAGAGAUGAUACCCAUGGAAACAAAUGGAUAUUGGUAUUGGCUUGACGUCAAUGCAAGCGAUCUCGGGCCUCGGGGCAAGUCGGUACGGCUGCUUGUUCUCACGAAGUUCGGAGAUCGCGAAGAUGCAAGGGGAGUCACAGGCAAAGAGUUCCUCGCCAAGUUCGGUAGAUGCGCAAUGGGCUGGUCGUACCUUGUUACAUGGGACUUGGUUUGA